GUCUAGUGGAGCUUCCAGCUCUGUUCAACACUUGGGUCUCAGAGCAGGAAGUGAUGCGUCAGACUCUCCGCUGUGUGUCUCUCUGUGAUCCUGGAGUUCAUGUUUUCCUCCUCAUUAUUCCUGACGCUCCACUCAAUAAUGAAGACAAAGCAGAAAUGGAGGAGAUCCAGAGGAUCUUCGGCUCCAGAAUCAACAAACACAUCAUGAUCCUCAUAAUGCAGAAUUCAGAGCAUCAGAAAGCAGAACUCAAUGAGGAAACACAGUCUGCCAUUGAGAGUUUUGGAGGACGACAUUAUUUCUUUGGUCCCACCACACAAGUGUCCACAUUGAUGGAGAAUGUUGAGCAUAUGGUAGAAGAAAACAUAGGUGGGUUUUUCUCCACAGAGACAUUUUUUGAGGCACAGAUUAAAAAAAUGCUGAAAUUUGAAGAAAUUAAGAAGAAAAUUCCUUCACUAGAGACUUUUCUGCCACAAGGUUCAAAAGAGAGUCGAGAUGAUCUGAGGAUUGUGCUGCUGGGAAAAACAGGAGUUGGGAAGAGUGCAACAGGAAACACCAUUUUAGGAAGGGAUGUGUUUACAGCAGAAGAAUCUUUUCAAUCAGUUACAGGUGAGACUCGGAGAGAAACAGCAGAAAUCAGUGGCCGACACGUCACUGUGAUCGACACUCCAGGACUAUUUGAUACUGAACUUACCAAUGAGGAGAUCCAGAGAGAAAUCACCAACUGCAUCUCCAUGAUCCUGCCUGGACCGCAUGUGUUUCUCUUACUGAUUCCACUGGGAAGAUUCACUCCAGAAGAAGCAAAAUCAGUGAAGAUCAUCCAAGAGACGUUUGGUGAGAAGUCUUUAAUGUACACCAUGGUGCUCUUCACCAGAGGAGAUGGUCUGAAGAACAAAACCAUUGAACAGUGUUUAGGAAAACCUGGAACUCCUUUAAUGAAUCUUAUAGAAGCAUGUGGAAACAGAUAUCAUGUGUUCAAUAAUAAUCAGACUGGAGACCGAACACAGGUGUAUGAUCUACUGGAGAAGAUAGAUGCCAUGGUGAAAGCAAAUGGAGGGAGUUUCUACUCAUGUAAGAUGUUCAGAAAGAUGGAGAGAGAAAAACAAGAGCAAACAAUGAAGUUCCUGGUGGAGAAAGUGGAGCAACUGAACAAAGAAAGAGAAGAACUGAUGACCAAACACAAAGAAGAGAAAGAAAAAAUGACUGAAACAAGAGAAAGAGAGAAAAAAGAGAAAGAAAGAGAAAAGGAGGAAAAGAAGAGACUGGAGAGAGAAAAGGAGAUUUCUGAUGAGCGAUAUCAGAGACUCGUGAAUGAAAUAGAGGGAAUGGUCAGAGAGAAAGAGAGAAUUGAAAGAGAGAAACAAGAACAACUAGAAGAUUUUGAGAAGAGACUGAAAGAUGAAAAACACAUGAGAGAAGACCAACAAAAGUCUUUUGAAGAAACACUGAAACACCUUAAAGAACAGCAUGAAGAUGACCUAAACAGAAUUAAAUUUGAGAGGAAAGAGGAAUAUGAAGAAGAGAAAGAUGAGAUGAAGACCUGCUCUGAAACUGAUGAUUCACUACAGAGAGAAAACAAAGGCAUUAUACCAGCAGGAGUCAGCCCAGAUCAACACAUACAACAGGAUAAGACAGAAAGAAAACAAAUAGAGCAUCUAUUUCACAGACUUCAUCUUGACAAAAACAAACAUACAUUUAAAAGAGAAGACGUUCUUCAGUUAACAGCACAUUCAUUACAGACCCAUGAGUCCUGUGCUGAGGAGGAACUGGUUCUGAGUUUCAUACAAAAACUUCAGAGGAUGAACUACAGAGUAAGAUACACUAAUAUUAAAGAUACCAAUGAACAGGUUCACACACAACAAAUAGACAAUGAAUCAACUGAAGGCAACAGUGAUAUUUUCAAACAAAUAUCUUUCUCUAAUGAAGGAACAAGUCAAUCUGAGCAAAUCCACCCAAUGGAUGUUCAGAUGGCCGUGUUUCAUUGUGCUGAUGGUUUCCUGAAGCAGCUGCUGGUGUCUAAACUGUCCCAGUGUCAGUACGCUCUGCCUUUGCUUGUUCCUGAUCCAUUCACACAACAUAUUGAGUUUCCUCUCUGGACAUUCAGACAAAUCAACAAGAGCUGGAAGAUGAGAAACAACAACAAUGAAAUCAUCAGUCAAACCCGUCUUGUCUACAAGGCAGAAACACCAAUGGUGUGUUUCUUCAGGUUUGUCUCUGUGUCCUCAUCCAAGUCUCAGCUGAUGAACAGUCUGAUCAAUGAGAAACACAACACGUUCUUCCACAGGAACUGUCCAGGCAGCAGCAGAACCAGAGUCCUGAUGGAUGGAGUGGUGGAGAUCGCCUGGUUCUGCCCCUCUGGGAAAAAAACAGAUAAAUUCACGGACUGUGUUGCGUUCUGUAAUCUACACGGUGAUGCAGGAGAUCAUGAGAAACAGCUGCAGAUCCUCACUGAAAUGGCCUCAGUCAAUGUUGUUCUUCUACCACAAAUUCCCAGGCAUGAUGAAAACUCAACAAUAAUCCAAAACCUGUGCACAAACAGAAAGCCACUCAUUUGUCUUUUCGAUGAAGAUGAAUCUACUGUAACUGUGAUGGACAAAGGGAUUUUCAAAAUUGGUUUGAAGCACAGACACCUGUCAGAUGUAUCUGAGCAACUCAGAAGAACUAUAAAUGAUUGUCUCUCAGAAUCAUCUUCCACUUUUAGACUUGAAGAUUUGUCCAAACACUCAGACAUCAGAGUAGAUGAGGAAGAUGAUGACGACUGCAGGAGAGGAAGAGAAGCAGCACAGCAGAUGAUGAGUUUACUGAAGGAUAAACAUCUGACAGAAAUCAAAGACUCAUUUCUGCCUCAUCAGGGGAAACUGUGGCGUCAGUGGAGUCAGAAAAACAAAGAACUACAUCGAUCUCAAGCACAUGAGACAGAAAUGGACAUCAGCAAAAAACAAGCCAACCUGAAGUGAUUACGUGAGCAGCAGCAUGCAUUAAACAUAAGUACUUUUAUACAGUUCUUUAUUAAAGAAAUUCACUUGGAUGCAGAGAGUAAGAUCUAUUUCCUUAAAUGGCUUGAAAUCUUCCUGGAUGAAUAUAUCUCACCAGAUAUUUCUGCUCUACACCACAAGUAUGAUGAAAAGUGGUCAGCAGUUUUAAAACUGAAAGAGAACAAUGAAAAACCUGAACAAUUCAAAGCUGAACAAGCAGAACUUGAGAGAAUAUCUGAGGAUCUUCAGACUGCAUCCUUUGGUUUGGAGCACAUCAUGAGGGAGAUCGGUCAGAUCUAUGAAUCAUGUUCAUCUGUGAAGAAGAACAAGAAAGAUCUGCAGUUUCACUUCUCUUCUCUCCCAAGUCUUGCAGCAGAGAUGAUGAUCUCUGGAUUUCCACUGGAGCUGAUGGAUGGAGAUGCUGCUCAUGUUCCUGUGAUCUGGAUCUCUGCUGUUAUAGAUGAACUCAUCCAGAAACUGGGAGACCAGAGAGUCUUUGUGCUGUCAGUUUUAGGGCUUCAGAGCUCUGGGAAAUCCACCAUGCUGAAUGCCAUGUUUGGACUGGAGUUUGCCGUCAGUGCUGGCAGGUGCACCAGAGGAGCUUUCAUGCAGCUGGUCAAAGUCUCAGAUGAGAUGAAAACACAGAUGAACUUUGACUAUAUUCUGGUUGUUGAUACUGAGGGUCUUUGUGCUCUAGAACUGGCUGGAAGAUCAACACGACAUCAUGACAAUGAACUGGCCACAUUUGUUGUUGGUCUUAGUAAUCUGACCUUGAUCAACAUAUUUGGAGAAAACCCAUCUGAGAUGCAGGGCAUUCUUCAAAUUGUUGUUCGGGUCUUUCUGAGGAUGAAAAAGGUCAGACUGAAUCCCAGCUGUGUGUUUGUGCAUCAGAACAUUUCAGAUGUCACAGGCAGACUUAAAAACAUGGAGGGAAGGAGACGACUGCUGGAGACACUGGAUGAGAUGACAAAACUCGCUGCUAAAGAGGAUGAUUAUGACGCAGAUGCUUUCAGUGAUGUCAUUAGAUUUGAUGUUCAGAAAGAUGUGAAGUAUUUUGCUCAGCUCUGGGAGGGAAGCCCACCAAUGGCACCACCAAACCCAAACUACUGCGAGAACAUUCAAGAGCUAAAAGAAUCUAUUCAAACGUACACAUCAAAGUCACAUGGAAUGAUGUUGAUACACUUAAAAGACCGUAUUAAAGAUCUCUGGGAAGCUUUACUGAAUAAACAAUUCAUAAUCAAUUUCAGAAAAUCUCUGGAAAUUUCAGCUAACAGAAAACUGGAGACCGAAUACAGCAAGUGGACCUGGAGUCUUCGCAGUGCGAUGAUGGAAAUUGAGAACAGAGUUUACAACCAAAUAGAAAAUGAAACAAUUCAUGAAGUUGAGGAAACUGAUCUUCAAAGAGAACUGAAGCUGACAAGUAAAGAAGUGGAAAAAUCAAUGUCUGAAUUCUUUGAAAAGGACACUGAUGCUGAUAUACUGAUUCAGUGGAAAACAUCAUUAGAAAUCAAAAUCAAGGAGCUUCAGGAAAACAUUGUGAAAGAAACCAAGAGGAAAUUAAAUGAGGUUCUUCUACAGCGAGACCUGAAGAAAGAGAUUGAUGCUCAGAGGACACAUCAAGAAAACACUCUCUAUGAAAAGAGCAAAGAACUUGCCUUAAAACUCAAAGAUAAAGCGAAUGAUGAAGAAACAGUGAAUAAAGAGUUUGAUUUGUUUUGGAAACAGUGGAUGAAUAAGAUCAUCUCAGACACUCCUCCAAUCAAAGACAUUGAUAUAAUGAGAGAUGUGAGAGAGAUCUUCAGUGACACCAAUAAAAGUGUUUCUGUAGGCCUACAUAUGGAGAAAAGUGAGUGCAGAGAUAUUUUUUCUGUACCAAGUUAUUCAGAUUAUGUACAGCUAAAGAAAUCCAGUGGAUUUACAGGAUCAGUCACAAACAUCCACAGAUCAACUAAGACAUUCGGUUGCAAUCUAUCAAGAGAGGAUGAAGCCCAAAUAAGAGCAUUAGUCACAGACGUUGCUCGGCAUACAGACUCAAUGAUCAUGUCAUCUAACAUUUCAAAGAUGGGCUACAACAUCAGCUGCAUUCAAGAACUCACAGGUUACAUUAAGAAAAGAGUAAAAGCACUUCAGGAAGGACCAGCGAGAUAUGAUUUCAAGAAUGAAUUCUUCAGGGAUUUGGUUCUUUCCAUCUGUAAGAGAGCAAACAAGAUGAUCACUGACCAACACAGGAUGUUCAGGGAAGCCAAUGAUCCUGUAAUAUAUGUUGAGAAGAAGAGAGAAGAGUACUAUAGUAUUUUCCAGAAAUACUGUCAUGGAUCAACAUCAGCUGCUAUUUUUGGUGAGAUCAUCUGUCAGAAACUGAAAGAGCCCAUUGAGCAGAGUGUCUACAAGAAGACUGCCAGAGAUCUGGCUGGUGAAAUUAGAUCAAACUGUGAAUCACUGAAUGGAAACAGAUCAAAUCUGGAGAAACACAUCCUGAAGACACUGGCAGAAGAGGGGGAUUUUGAAAAAUACAUGAACUACAUUCAUAAUCCCAGAGAUCACCUCAAGAGUUUCAUCAGAGAUGAAGUCAGUCGGUACAUCGAUGAUAAGUUCAGUGUCAGUGUUUUACCCGAGAUGGAGAAGAACAUUGAACUCCUGCAGCAGAAGAUCAUGAAAGCAGCACAUGAAUCUACUAAACAUGUUCAAGAGAAUGAAGGAGAUGUUGGAUUGUGGUUGAAGAGCUUCACACAGCGGCUCUCAGAUGAGCUGAUCUUCUCUGUAAAAGACCUCAGUGGAGUCAAACAUGAUGAUGUUGAUUUGAAACUCCUAGAGGAUGUGAUAAGAGACAAACUAUCUGCUAUAAUGUCUGAUACCAUCAGUAUAUCUAACACAACAACUUUUCCAGUAAAUCUGGACUAUAAGUUCAGGCCAGAUGAGCUUCUGAUUGGUCACUUCUGUCAGUGCUGUUGGGUUCAGUGUCCGUUCUGUAAAGCCACCUGCACCAACACCAUAGAAAACCAUGAUGGAGAUCACAGCGUUAAUUUCCAUCAUGUUAUUGGACUAAAUGGGAUGCAUUACAAGAAUACGACAAACCUGUCUACUAGCAUCUGCACAUCAGCAGUGGCAAGCAGUCGAUCUUUUUAUCCCAAUGCCUCAGAUGAUAAUGUCCUCUGGCGGGAAUACAGAAGCGCAGGAGGAGUUUAUGCAGACUGGAGCAUCACAUCUGAUCUCUCUGAACUGCCCUACUGGAAGUGGUUUGUGUGCAGAUUCCAGAAACAUCUGCAAAAAUACUACGAUAAAACAUUUAAGGGGAAGGGGAAGAUACCAGAUGAAUGGAGAAAUUACUCAAAACAAGAAGCUAUUGAGAGUUUGGAACAAUAUAUCUAAUGGAAAAACAAGAAUCUAUUCUG